AUGUCCAAGAAGGAUGUGGCGUGUUUCUGGAUCGUACUGCUCCUGUGCCAAGAGCUACGGACCGACCCGAUCGCAGAGAUGGGACCAUCCUCCGGCAUCCUGAUUCAAGAGACACCAGGGUUCAUCUUAACAGAGAAGAGGAUCCUGACCCGACGUGUGUUCGUCAGCUUGGACCCCAAGAUUUCCAUCGAGAAGGCAUACAACAUUUCAUCGAUGCAGCUUCCUGAGUUACAGACUUGGUACCAGAUGCACCUCCAAAGAGCACAGGACCGUGUGCGAAACAUCUUGGAGCAAGCCCGGAAACCAUUUGUAUCCAGUUCUAUUCCGAUGAGCAACCGACCCAAAAGGUUCCUCACCGCUAUAAUUGUUGCAUUAGUUUGUGCCACUGUCGGUGCAGUUGUCGCAACUGGAAUGUCUGCAGCCAACUCUAUUACUGUCCAAAAGCUGGAUAUGGAAAUCUAUGCGCUAAAGCAACACAUUAACGAUAUUCAUCAGGUGAUACAACAGCAAAGAACACUUCUCCAAGACGUGUUAACUAUUGUGGAAGACACAGUUGUUACAACAAAUUUGCAUUCGGAGUUAAUUGCCAAAUCCACUGAGUUGCACCAAAGUCAUGACUUAUUUAAGCGUGAACUUCUAUUUCUGCAUGACCCAAUAUUGUUCCACACACUUGCUUUUCUUGACGAAGUGCAAACUGGAAUGAUCGAAUUGGCAGGGGGACGCAUACCUCUGUACUUUGUAUCCAAGGAUAUUGUUCAUGCGAUGCUUGCCAAUGUGGAUGGAGAGACAAUUGAGCCUAUGCAAUUAAAUCUGGCCUUUGAGAUGGGGAGCGCUAUACCUCUCUUAAUUGAUCCAGAACGUAUGGAGAUUUGCUUUUUAUUGACCAUCCCAUAUGUAACUCUCAAAGACAUUUUUCAAAUGAAAACAAUGUACUAUGUAAUAAUGAUAUUAUGGUUGAUUGUACUAAGUGUAAAGUUCAAAACUCUUACAGGUACAAAUAUAUACAAAAAUGUUCAUUCCACGCACGGGCCUAUGUUAGAAAUGAUGUGAUUGCACAAUAUGUCUGGUAACUUCUAUAGUGCUUAUUCAUAAGCUAAAUUAAUUUUGGCUAUAAAAUGCACUAAAGGGGGGUUAUGUCAGGGUAUUUAUAUCGGCAGACAUUUUGUGCUAUGAUAGAAACUAAAAGUGUAUAUUCUGAGUCACUCUGAACAGACCAGACUCCAUUUUGAUAUUUCAAAUUAACAAAGAAGACACUAGAUUUCUUUCUGUAAGACUGGCCUCUUUGCCAGAGCUAAGGAAUGCAUAGCAUAGUAUAAACAAGUGAUAAGAAGAAUAUAAUCAAAUCUAAACCCAGACAAUUGUGACAGAGAAGAUUAAAUAAUAAUAUUUAACUGUCUAUAUAUAUAAGGUACCAUUGUAUGGAAAAGGGUAAACUUAGUUCAUGAUCUGCCAUAUCAGAAAUUAUGGCAGGAAUUGCAGACGCUAAGUCUGGACAAAAUUUAAGAAACCCUUUGAAAUUUUAAAUUAUGGCACUAUAAAGAUAACGCAAAAUGACGUCAAAAUAGCCACCAGGAAAAGUUAACUCUUUCCUGGAUAGGUAUGUUUAGUGGGACAAGACUGCCCUCUAUAGACCAAAUAACUAAUUUGCGAUCUGGAAGAUAACCACACCUCUAGUGCUUCUAUUGGGUUAUCAACUGAUGACGUACAGAGAGUCUGGCCCUUUAAAAGUUAAGACAAAGGGAAGACAGGGAAGCAGAGGCAAGAGAUGCAAAGGAGAGGAGAGAGGAAUUGGAAGUUUGGGGACUCCAACCUCCAUGCAGAGAGAGACAUCCAAAUAAGUUCCUGAGACUACCAAUCGGAUGAAAUAUCUACUCAACUGGUAAUUAUACUGGUUUCAUUUAAUUAAAUUAAAUUAAUUAAAAUGUAUUAAUAGCAUUAUAUAUGACUGGAUAAAGCACGGUCAGAUUUCCAUAUUAAGAAAUCUUAGUUAACUAAGAAUAUAUAGUUAUAAACAUUCCAUUCUGCAGGUGGAAUUAAGAAUAAUUAUAUAUUGAUGUGAUAUUAUCACGUGUUAGCAUACCGCUGUUUUUAUCCAGGUGUAUUGAUUUGCUCUAAAUUAAGAUAGAUAUCUUUUAGACAAAUUAAAAAUCUGCUUAUAUAAUAUGGUAGAUUCUCUUAUUGGAUGAUUUCAGGAAAUGACUAAUGAACUGGGUUAAAUGUUAUUUUAUUUAAAAAUGACAUAAGAAUAGAUCUUAACUACCUAGGAGAUCUAGCCAGCAUUGAAAGGGUUAUUCUAACUGUCUGCUAACUUUACGACCUUACGCUGCACUCUGAGGAAUUCUGUUCUUCGCUGUGAAAAGUUUCACUUUCAGUCUGUGUUAAAGAUAGUCAUAAAUAAUUCUUGACAGGCAAUGCUAUUUAGCCAUUGAAACGUAAUACCCGUUCCUUUGUAUUGCAUAUCAUUUUAUACUGAAUAUUCAUUGAUUAUUGACAUGCAUGUUACAUAAUAUUAUUUGUUAAUUAUUGGUUAUCAUAAAUAAAAUCUAUUUUUAUACAUUGUGAUUAUUUAUAUGAAAUACUUUCCACUUAACACGAUAAACGUUCUUUGGGAUCUGAGAAUUGAAUUAGUGGGCAAUUCUCACUGUUACUAUUAUUAUCCCAUAAAUAUCCCCACAGUUCCAUACUUUCAACUCGGUCUUAUAAGUGAAGUUGAUCUACAGAGCAUGUGCACCAGAGCAGGCCUAUGUUCUGGGAAAUUUCCCCGAACAUAGACUAGUUCUCUAACAUGGGAAAUCCCUCGAAUCCCUGCGCUAGAAAGCUGGUCGUAAGCCCGAGCGUCAUUAAACAGGUACGUUGUAAAGUGAGGACUACCUGUAUUUUGAUUAAUCUGUUUGUUUAAGGCUGUUAAGUGAUAGUACUAAAAAAAAAUUUGUCCUGUAAAUAAUACAUUGUGUAUUUAUGUCUUCUCUUUGUAGACAUCACUGGAGAGCUUAAAGUCAAACGUGAUACAGGAAACAACAGUAUCUUGUUUUAA